UGCAUGGGUACCCCCAGCCGAAUUGAAUGGUGCAUGUGGAUAAUGUGGCCGCGCGCUGGACACAGUUGAUACACUUGGAAGAGAGUAUCGUGGAACAGCGUCUAGCAGGGGAUGUGCUGCGAAUUCGCACCACGGCGUUGAGCGACUGCACAAGACAUUUCCAGUGGCGCACUGCUGUGGCUUUGAAACGCGGUUGUGUGGAUGUGAUCUUCUUCAACUCCUAUCUGGCUGCGACGUGCGCAUGGCCACGUGCUAUAGAGCUCUUGGCAGCUUCCUUUCGCACUCCAACUCUCCAGCCGGACGUCACGAGCUUCAACAGCUGCAUGAAUCGCCUACAAAGCUGGCCCUGUGCGUUGGAAGUCACCAGUGCCAUGCAGGAGCUGCAGUUGCGUAGCGACACCAUCACACUUAACACCUUGUUGGCAGCCUCUCCCUGGCCCAUGGCUGGCUGCUUGCUUGAGAUGGGCCAAGUUGCCAACAGGAUCACCCACAACACCUUGCUGAGCGCCUUUGAGAAAGGCAGCCAUUGGCGAAAGGCAUUGCUGCAUUUGGAGGGAGUUGAACCAGACCUGAUUUCGUUCAACUCAGUCAUCAGCGCUGGAGAGAAAGGAGACCAGUGGCCUCUUUCUGCAGAUCUCUACUGCCAGCUGCAGUGGAAGAACCUCGAAGCAGAUGUGUUUUCUGGCAGUGCCACCCUCAGCGCCUUUGAAAAAGGUUCAGCCUGGCAGAAUGCCCUGCUUCUCGUUGCGUUGCUUUCAAAGAUGCUUCCGCUGAAUGUGGUGCCGUGGAAUGCGACCAUCAGCGCUUGUGAAAAGGAAGGAGAGUGGGAAUGGGCACUGCUCCUGUUGCGCUCCAUGGCAGGUGCGCAGCCAGAUGUGAUCUCCUUCAAUGCUGCGAUCAGUGCCUGCGAACGGGUGAGUCAAUGGGAAGUAGCGCUCCUCCUUUUUCACGAGGGCCAAGUAGCCUGUGCGCUGGACCACAUCAGCAUCAACGCCCUGCUUGGCGCCUUGGCCCGUGCGGCCCAGUGGCGCCAGGCGCUGCAGAUUUCGACCGACGCUUCGAAGGAGGACGUGAUUGGUGCCAAUGCAGUGGUGCGUGCAUGUGCGGCAGGGAAUCAGUGGCGCUGGGCGACACUGUUGCUGCAAGAAAUGGAGAGCGGCGCCAAUGCGGUUUCCUAUGCAGCUGCCCUGGUGGCCUACCAGGCUAUGAUGCAAUGGCUAUUGGCUUCAGCGCUACUGGAGGCAAACCGCCAACAUGCCAUGGCCGUGCUGAAAAAGGUGCCAAAAAGUGCACCAUCGACGGCAUGGCGGAAGAAGACAUGUGCUGAAAA